AUAUGCCUAAUAAAAGGCAUAAACCUGGCCUCACCCCACCGCGAGCCGAACCGGAGCGUCAAGCAAACAUCCGUCGAUCCCGAUUCCGACCACUGCGCUCGCGCCAUCGCGCCAUCCACCCGGCAUUGUGCGCCCGAGCCGGGCUCGUUGGAUGGCGUCCGGAGGCGCCGCCCGCGGUCGCCUUGCUGAGGAGCGCAAGGCGUGGCGCAAGAGCCAUCCCCUCGGCUUUGUGGCCAAGCCGGCGAUGCUGCCGGAUGGUUCUGUCAAUCUCAUGCUCUGGAACUGCGUCGUCCCCGGCAAGGAAGGCACUGAUUGGGAAGGUGGAUAUUUCCCGGUCACUCUCCAUUUCACUGAAAAUUACCCAAGUAACCCCCCAACCUGCAAGUUCCCACGAAGGUUUUUCCAUGUCAAUGUCUAUGAUUCUGGGGAUGUAUGCCUGUCAAUACUUGGUGAUGCAUGGGCGCCUUCUAUCACAGUGCGGCAAAUUCUAAUAGGCAUCCAGGAGCUGCUGGAGAACCCAAACCCAGCCUCUCCCGCACAGGAUUUUGCUUACGAUGUUUUUGCAGAGAAUAUGCCAGAAUACAAGAGACGCGUCCGUGAGCAAGCCAAGAGGUAUCCGUCGCUCGUGUAGCCGUGGACCUCUGCAACACAAUUGCUGCUAACCAAGUAGUCACUCACUUUGGUGUAGUGGAACUUGUUCAUGACGUGCUUAACUAUGGUGUCUAGUUAGCCGUACGCUUGUUGGAACUGCUAAAGUGCAGCUUAUUGGAACUGCUAAAAUGCCCUUGACUACGUCUUAUUAUUAUGGUUUA